GUCGCGCACCGAACCAGUGUUUGCACGGCCAUACGCAGAACUGCAGCGAUGCGAAACCUUGCUCACCAAGACGAUUCCAUUCCUUUUCAGACUGUCAACCAGACCAAUGAAUACCAUCAGGAUCGAGAGGUUGUACCAGCUUUCGAGGACAUCAUGGAUGUCAUUGGUUCUAGAGGAAAGUUCCAGAAGAGAUUAAACACUGUUUUCAUUUGCUAUGGCACAAUCGUCAGUGUGCUGAGCUCGCAAAUGUUCAAUUUCGUUAUGCAAACUCCUGAUCACUGGUGUCACGUCCCUGGGAGAGAGUUCACCAACUUAACUCUUGAUGAGUGGAAGAGCGCCACUAUCCCCAAGGAAGGAGGAACAUUCAGCAAGUGCCUGAUGUACAACGGAAGCGCCCUGGACGGUGCUUCCGAGGUGCCCUGCCAGCACGGCUGGGAGUACGACGACACGUGGUACACUCUGACGGUGCCGUCAGAGAUGAACUGGGUCUGCGACGACAUGCACAUUGUCAGUGACGUCAUGUUCUAUGCACAGAACAUUGGAGCAGUCCUGGGACUGCUGUUCGGCUACAUGGGUGACAUGUACGGACGUCGCCCGCUGCAGUUGGCCUGCGUGGUGAUGCAUGUCGUCAGCAGGGUGGCGAUGCUGUUCACGCCGUCUCUGCUCCCGCUGUUCGUCAUGGCGGAGUCGCUGGUGGGGGGCGCUGCAGGCGUCAUGCUGGAGUCGGCGGUAUCUGUAGGGACGGAAUUGACGGAUAUCAGAAACCGCUCUUGUAUCAAUUGCAUGGCAUGCAUUGGUAUACCUAUAGGAUUGUGUCCACCUGCUUAUGUGUUCAGAUGUUUCCCAGCUGGAAGCACUCCUUGCUUUUUGCAGUACUGUGCUGCCUUAUAUUACUACUCUUCUGCAGCUGCCAAUGCUCCAUUACUCUAUUGCAUUGCAACAGCUGAACUAUCAAGACUUAUAUCAUGUAAAAAUGUUCUAUGUCUCUUUGAUACAGCAAUACCUGGACUGUGGUUCCCCGAGUCGCCGCGCUGGCUGACGUGCAGGGGGCGCGAGGAGGAGGCGCUGACCGUUCUGCGACGGAUCGCGGCCACCAACGGCUCCAGCCUGCCGCCGUUCACCCUGCAGGUGCUGCACCGCGUGGCCAAGGCCAAGCGGGAUCGCGUCGGCUACCUGGCCAUCUUCUCCAGCUGGAACCUCUUCAAGAACACCCUCCUGCUCGCCAUAGCCAGGUCCCUGUGCUGGAUGACGAUAUUAGCACUGGUACUGAGCGUGGGCAUCAUCAGCGUGAACCCGCUGGUGGCGGUGUCUGGUCAGGCCAUGGCGCAGGCGGCGUCUGUGCUGCUGCAGCACUACUGCGGGACCCACUUCGGGCGCCGGUGGUCCAGCGUCGCCUGUCUGGCGCUGGUCGGCCUCCUUGGUGCACUCUGUGUCGUACUGCUCACAGUUGGUGUUCCGAGUGUCGCCAUGGCAGUGGUAAUGAUGGUCAUGCAGUUCUGGUCGUCGGCUGGUUCAGCUUUCAUCAACCUUCAGAGCAUCGAGGUGCACCCCACGUGUCUGCGACAGAUCACCGCCAGCGUAGAGUGCACGGUUGCUGGUGUUUGCAUGUCUCUUGUUCCGUACAUCGUCUUUCAGGGAGGCUCGGUGGACCGUAGGCUGCCGUUCGCCAUCUUGUCAGCGAUUCACCUGCUGGUAGCGCUGUCGGUGUCGUUCCUGCCGGAAACUGCGCUGCAGAGGCUGCCGGAGUCUCUGCAGGACGCCGCCGAGUUUGGCAGAGGGCGUCCCUACUGGAGCUGGAGACUCAUCGCCCCGCCGUCAUUUGUUCAGGGACAAUAGGCGCUUUCAGUUACGGUCCAGUCUCCCAUUUUGUCUUACAUACUUCAAACUGAAGAACAACUUGUCUACUGAAGAGGGAAAAAAAGCUUAACUCUAGUAUUGUACAUAAUGUAAAUUGUCACACGAAGUACGCACCAGGG